UGUGGAUUGAUAGCUGUUGAUUAUAGAAGAAGGGCCAAUUUUUUGAUUAUUUGAGGCUCAAGUGCAUAUUUAGUCUGGGCAUUAUUACAGUGAAAGAUAUAGCAACGCCAAGUUUCCGUUUUUUUGCGAUAACAGCAAGCAAGCACCUUGAGACCUCUCCGUCCAGCUUACAAAUAUAACGCUUCAAGAUGGCAGCAGCUUCAUUCAAUCGUCUAGUACGCUUCAUCCCCAAAGCAGACAGCUCAGCGAUCCUCCUCGGCCAGCCCGCCGACAGCGCCUUGGACGUCGGUGCAGCUCUGCGCGCUGGGAAGGAAGUCCUCGUUGAUAUCUUCAGCGGCAAGUCUGUGAUUAGCCCCGGGUCGAAGACGGGGAAGACAGAGUCGAUAGGGAGGCUUUUGUCGCCGCUUGCGCAGGAGGAGGUUGGCACGAUAAGAUGUAUUGGGCUUAAUUACGCUCAGCAUGCGAAGGAGGUCAAGAUGGCGUUGCCGACUCUGCCUACCCUAUUUCUCAAGCCGGAAACUGCCCUAGCAGACCCCUGGCCAACGCCUUUCACGAUCCCCAAAUCCACGAUUGGAGAUGACACCACCGACUUCGAGUCUGAGCUCGCUAUUGUUAUCGGUCGUCCAGCGAAGGAUGUUUCGGAGGCUGACGCGCUUGACUACGUCUUGGGCUACACGGCGGCGAACGACAUCUCAGCUCGCAAUGCCCAGUUCGCACAAACGCAGUGGUGUUUCUCGAAGGGUUUUGAUGGCGCGUGUCCGAUUGGCCCCGUGUUGAUCUCCAGCAAGGAGUACGACGUGAGCAAGCUUCGAGUCCGCGGCAUCAAGAAUGGACGAGUCUUGCAAGACUGUGGGACCGAUGACCUGAUCUUCUCCGUCGCCAAGAUCGUGAGCUUCCUCUCGCAGGGAACGACGUUGAAGCCUGGAACGGUCAUCUUGACUGGCACUCCUGCGGGUGUGGGCCACGGUUUCUCGCCGAAGGAGUAUCUCCGUGACGGCGACGAGUUCUCUGUUGAGAUCUUGCCGGGUAUCGGGACAUUGACGACGGCGUUUGUCAAUGAGAAAUAGAGUGACAGAGUUCAGCAAUCGAUAAGUAUUACAGCUUGAUUAGAUCACUGGACAGAUUUUAGGCGGUGAUAGUAUGAUAAUCUGUACAUAGAAUAUAUUAUCAUGCCGAUUCACGGCUAUAUUGCGUCUUGCAUUGAGCCAUUUUACUGCUCCUUUACGGUCUGUCUGGAUGAUGUCUCGAAGUCAAGCAGGUGCUGGAAAGGGGGGGCCUUCCGCUGCCUUCCACAUCUUGAAUCUAGACCAAACCUUGAAGGGGCCUUUGACUCACUCUACCUCAGUUGCAUUGUUGGAGGGGCGGUCUGCCUUGCUGUACUCACGUGGAUGGUUAGACACGAACUUUGCCUCACUCCUGUUGUUCGAGCCCCCCUGAACCAACGAACCGAAGGCAUCUAUCCGGAGGCGUGUGUGUGAAUUGCUUUAAUCAUGUUUGAUCACCGCCACUAUCCCUGAGUUGGAUACUCUGUCGUGCCAACAAAGGCAUCAACACUCCACCACGGUGUGAUGAUACCUUUAUCGGGCACGGAACAGCACAGCUGUCUUAGUUAGCGCGAGCACAGGGGUCUCGUACCUUACCCAUCACAAACGCAUUCCCUGAGCCGCGUUGGACUUUGCCGCGAAUCUGGGUCUGUGUCGAAGCCCGUGUCUCGAGUUCUCCGCCAAACAAUAGUAAGCAGGCGAGAGGAGGUGGCAUUGCUCAUUCCACAUCCCGUCCGAGUGGAUGCCUCGUCAGCAACGCAUGCGAUGUGUGUGUGCCAUUUGGGCGGGGAAAAUACUUGAUAGGAG